GUUUAAAUGCUUUUUUACCAAUCAAUGGAUUCGUCGAGGAAAUGCAAAACGCAUUUCUCAUCUUUUCUUUCCCCUCUCAUGUGCAAAUUAGGUCAUCGUCACGCUAUGAGACAAUUUUAUAAACCAUAGCUUCAUCCCGAGUUUGAUUGUAAUUUAAUUUGUUUGUCAGCUUAUGCCAUCUGCUGGUCACGUCUCCAGGACAGAAAAUAUCUGGCUUCAUUUCUCCCAGAACAGCGCAGCCAGGAAGAAGUGUAAAGUAUAAUCAGCUAAAUGUAGGUGUUCCAUGUUUGUACUUGUACUCAAUUUAGAACAACAGUCCUUGUGUUACACUACAGACUAUAUUAAAAUACCUUUAUUGCUGAUUUAUUGGAAGAGGAUUUUAGGCAUUUUCAUACAAUAACGUAUUAAUGCUUAAUAUUUUAUAACCUAAGCAUAUGUUGUUUUUUUGUAAAUCCAAUUUUGUCAAAUUAAUUGCUAAAAAAGUGGAGUGGAAAGUACAAUACAACUAAUACUUCCUUCCAAAAGUAUUAGUUGUAACCAUUUGAACACAAGGGGAAAUAUAAAUGGGCCCUAAUCUGCUUUGCUGGUCUGCUGUUGAUCAUCAAUGAAAGGGAAAGCCAGGUAUGACGUGAGGAGGAAACAAUCUGCACAGCUCCUACUCUCCUUUAAAGGUGUGGGCGGGGAGCAGAGAGCGGAGUUGGCUUUCAGUUCCACCCCUUUUUAAAUCUACUCUCUCACACACACACACACACACACACAACGCACAAACACGCAUGCACGCUGCAGUCCAGUCGCAGUCCAGACAGAGUUACUUUGGGCCGUGUGUGUGUGUGUGUGUGUGUGUGUGAGCUCUCGCCUCAAGCUUUCCUGGAUGACCACGAGCCAAACUACCAUCAAUGAAGGACCACGACACGAAUCACCACUGGGGAACUUCCACUGCUCGUCCACACCUUUUUCAAAGGUCGACAACCUGUGAGGAAGGAUUGAUCUGGUUUCAUCUCUAUCAGUCAAUGACCGUGGACUUUCACGUUCCGGAGAAGCGCUUUUAUCAAGUGAGGAGAUGGCCCAGGUGUGCAGACUUCAUGUCCUGAUAGCAACAGCUCUGGCCUUAUGCAAAUACUCCCUGGCAGAAUGGAAUGCCACCGCCGAGUCUGCCAAUCGAACCGAGUCCCCCUGCCAUCGCCAUGGCAACAGAGACAACUGCACAGCAGACGCAACGGAUACGGGCCAGUGGAACGACCACUUCUCCAGUUGUCCCGAGGAACUAACACACUACUGCAUCCACGGGGAGUGUCGUUACGUUAAAGAACAGAAGGCCCCGUCGUGCAGGUGUCAGCAGGGCUACAUCGGCUCCCGCUGUGAAUAUCUGGAUCUGGACUGGCGGAUAGGAGAGAAACGUCAAAUCAUAAUUGCCUGCCUCAUCGCGGGGCUUGUUUUCCUCAUUCUCGUCAUUGUGUUCAUCUGCUUUUGUUCACAUCGCAGGUGCAGGUCGUGGUGGCGUAGGCGAAGACGGAGGGAAGAAGAAGAGCCGAGGAACGGGAUGGAGAAGCUCCGCAUGAUGGACACCGGCGAGACACCCGCCUCUCCAACGGCAGACUCUGCAGAGCCGCCGCACACACACGCCGUGUGAGAAGUGAGCAAAAGCCUAAGGAUUGUUGUAGACGAGCGGGACUAUGUCCUCCGUGGGACAGCUGCUCCCGUGGCAGUGGGCCCCCCGGGGUCCCUCUGUGCAGGACAGGACUGAGGCCCGGAGAAGGGACAUUUGUCCACAGAGGUCGAGUUACAUCAAGCUGGAGAGCCGGAGUCUGCACCCUCCUCUUAAAGUGUGGCCUUGUGUGGAUGUUUGAUGAAGCUUCAGAACAAAGAAAACAAAAGAACGCCGAUUGUAGAUGACGCUCACUGACGACGCUGGACGCUGUUGUUUCCGUUGCCGCGGAGCAACAAGAGCUGGUGGCUGCUGACUUAAUCAGUUGUUGCUAUGUCGGAAAAAGCCGCGAGACCCGCAUCUGGCAGCCAGUAAUAAACGAGUAUGACAAACAAUGACAGAGUAAUAAUAGCUGAUGAGGUUACUAGUUUGCGUCGGGGACACUGACUGAAAAAUGAGAGGAACGGGACCUUUUGAGGACUUCACUGUCUCAUGUCAAGAGAUCACUCAAUGUAUUGAUAUGUGCAAUAUUACAUAGUCCCACUUGCUGCUGCACGCUGUUUGAGUACGCUGCAUCUAGGUCAUGUUGUUUCCACUGAGCUAUCGAACCCCAUCUCAAACAUCAUUAUUUAUCUUCUGUCUACGAUGCCCGAACCGCUUCAGAAUACUGUUACUCAGCAACAUUAGCAAUGCAAGCAGAGCCUUCAAUCUACCGCAAGGUCGCAGGAGGACAAGGAGAACUUGUGCAGGAGGCUCCUUUUAACUGUAUAUUUUGAGCCGAGCGGCCUCGGAGCUGCAGCGGCAGAACAGCGGAGCCUGUGUGUGGAGGCUCGACCGGGAGGGGGGGGGGGGAGUGCCCCACUGCUACAAGACGCUUUCCAAACCGCCAGCCUCCCGUGGGGUUGUUUUAACCGUGUAUCUGUGUGUAUAUCAACUGCAUCUAAAUGUAGAAGGUGGAGGGCAGAGCCAGUGAAGUCUCAAUAUAAAACACUUAGACUCUAUUGCAAUGAGCCCCCUGUUGUAGCGGUUCAACUUUAACGCUACAACACGUAGUCAAAGAAAAGUUACUCGAGCUCAAGUUGGGGAGCCAAUACUGCUGACUCAUGCUCAGUCCCACUUACACGUCUCCGGUUCCUGCCGCCACUUUUGUUCCAGCGUCAAUUUUAAACUGCAGUAUUUUCAAAAUUGUUAAGGUGAACAAAGGAGCAAGACAUGCUGAGAUUAGAGGAGGAUUAUGCUCCCUCUCCCUCUCAUCACGUGGUUCCUGUUGUUAUAUUGGUGCUGGAGUCAACACAUUCCAGGGUGAGGGUGUGAACAUAAUGCAGUAUCGGCACGUGGCACAUUGUGACGUACUCCCUUUUGGCACGACGAAGUGAUCCUCUAUCUGACUUGGCCCUCGGUUCUAACACGCUUACAUCUCAUCCACCAUGUGAAGAUUCGAUCGGAGGAGAUUGACAUUGACAUCACGAUGGAGGGAUGGACGAUGGAGCAUCACAAGUGAACAGGUGGAAAACUAGUUAAGGAGAUAGAGAGUCAUUUAAAGGAGGAGUUUCUUGCUGAAUGUUAGAUGAGAGGAUUGACACCACUCAUGUUGACGUGCCGAUCUUCAUAUUUACCGUACAGAAUUGAUGGUGAACUUAAAGCAAGAAAGCGAAUAUAUUUCCAUACAGCGAUAAAACUUUUAUUUAUUCCUCCGGAUAAUGCUUUGACCUACAUGCAGGUGGCACAUGUCUCCUCCAGCUGAGGAAUACCUUUAGUUUCUAUAUGAGUGUUGGUGUCUGCAGGCUGAUAAGAAAAGCAGAUAGCAGCCGGACUGCGAUAGAUGUUUGAUUUGGAGACGUAAUAGAAAUGCAAAUAAAAAACUCUUCCAUAAACUCA